AUGGGUGACAAGUCGUGCUAUAUGGGCGCUGGAGGCUACUCGGGUUACAUGGGCAGCGGAACUGGAGGAGGAUCCUAUGCUCGAGAAGAAUAUGCAGGCAAUGUUUCAUCUGGUAAUAAACAGUCAGCACCGUCUCAACCGUACCAACCGUACAGUAGCGGUGGUGGCCAAUCGGGCUAUGCUGGAAACGUCGGUGGAAGCGACAACCAGGCAUCAUGCUAUUUCGGACCAAAAUGA